AUGGAAGGUUCUGAUGACGAGAGCGACAUUUUUAAAGAUGUAGACUUUUUACUCUGUUAUUUUUUACCGGAUGAUGAUGCAAAUGGUGUUUUAUCGCAAAGCCUUUUGAACAUUCCCACUCAGCAGCUUUUCAAGGUAGAAAAUGAGACCGAUCAUGCAAGAUUUGCAUCACCAGUGUCGGGAGCGGAUCUCAAAAUUAAGCAAGCUGCCGGGAUUCCGAAAAAGACUCGUCAAGCAAAUAAUUGGGCAGUCCGUUUAUGGACAGAUUGGGCUAGAUUCAGAAAUACAAGACCCGAGACACAUAUGGAAGGUGGUGUUAUUUCUGAGAAUAUAUGCUGUCUUUCAAAUGAAGCUUUGAACUUUUGGAUGCAACGAUUCAUAAUAGAAAUUCGCAGAAAGGAUGGAACGGCUUACCCCCCUAAUACGUUAACUCAGAUUGUAGCUGCAUUACAGCGGUAUUUAAGGAGUAAUUGUUAUGACAGACAAUUUAAUUUUUUUAAAGACGACGAUCUUGUUUUUCGGGAUUUUAGAAAAACUCUGGAUUCACAUAUGAAAAGCCUGACUAGUCAAGGUAUCGGUGUAAAUAAGAAGAGGUGUGAUCCCGUCACAGAAAAAGAUGAAAUGAGGAUGUGGGAGACAGGAGUAUUUUCCUUAGAAACCGCGUCAGGAUUGAGUAAUGCAAUUUUUUUCUAUAACGGUAAAUGUUUCGCAUUCCGUGGAAUGAGUGAUCAUAAACAAUGUGACGCAGACCAGUUUGAAAUCGGAUUCGAUCAUGAAAAUUCUCGGACAAAGAAGGCCAAGAAGCAUAUUGGCAACAUAGAUAAUUACCAGUUCAAAAGAGAGGAAUUCCUGAAAUUUAUGAGAAAUUUAGCGCCAGGGUCUCCAGUCAUCUGGAGAUAUCUUGCCCUUAAGUUUCAGAUGAAAAACAAACGAGGGAUAAUUCCAAAUAAUGCAGGUCAGGUUCUACAGAUGUUUGCAAAAUUAAAUGGUGUAAACUGUGACCAACUUAACACGAAUCAAGGGAUCAGUGGUAGGGACUUUCUCCAGAGAGUUCGAAGAGCAAGGCAAAAAGUUUUUCGGAAAGUUUCAGUACCCACCCCCAGACCUGCUAGAGCACUGAGAGAAAUUAUCAGUAAACUUGGAAGAAAGGAGCUGUACAUUGGAGAGAGAAUUGUUCCUAAAAUCUACAAAACAAAAAAAUAG